UCGGCCUCUGAUGUGCUUUACACAUCUGUUCACUGAAAGUCGUCUUUGGAGGUGUGCGUCCCGUGAGGUUGUAGGCAGAAGCAAAGCCAAGAUUUGAUGAUGAUGAUGAAGGUGGGGUUGCCCUUCUCUCUUCUUUCUAUUUGGCUCAGCUUCGGUAUUGCUGAUGCGAUGAGUUUGAAAGAGCCGCAGAUAUGCUACAUCUUGGACGCGGUUCUGCUCAUCUAUGGGAUUGUUCUCACGGUCCUGUACUGCAGAAUGAAGAUGCGAAGCAAACAAGCAGAAAAACGUUCAGGGAAGAAAGAAGGCGGCGAAGGGGUUUAUGAGGGUCUCAAGCCUCACAAUCAGGACACGUAUGAGACCAUCAAAAUGAAAAAAGGAAAACAAUGAGACUCAAGGCUAAAGGAGGGAAGCAAGUUUCUGGACUGGUCAUCUUAAGCAUGUCUCUACUGUAAAUAAGCUCUCAUAAGAAUAUUUAGUUUAUACUGAAAUAACUUUUGGUAAUCACUUGCAUCAGGCUUUUUGUUUGCUGUUAGUUUGGCAGGCAGACACCGAUAAUCAAACGAUUGUUUGUGUGAUUAUUCUAUUUGUUUAAUAUAGUUUAAAUAGUUUAGUUUUUAAUUUUUGGUGAAUGUAUCUUUGUUUGCUUUUAAACUACAUUUUAAGCUUCUGAGAUGUAUACCACAGCUGCGUGUCACUAUUUUUCGAGCCUAACUUCCUGCUCUAGCUUCAACAUGCCACCAAUAAACACCACAGA